GCUCUUCACAGAUAUUUGUCUGGAGGGUGCAUGGCGUACCAGCGACUGUGCCGAGGAUUACAGAUAAACUGAAUUAUUACAUCGGUGGAUUUAUAUUUUGGUAAUUUGGAGGCAGAGAUCCUGAAAUGAGCGUGUGAAAUGCGAUCACUUCCGGAACUGUGGACACAACUUUCUGGUCCAUUGAUGAAAAGGAGCAGCAGGGCGCCCAGGAGCAGCUGUUUGUGCAUUUAUAAACACUUCUUUAGGACUCACAACAGCCCCUGAGCUUUGCGUCUCAUAACACAACAUCUCCGGCUUGUAAGUGGUUUUGCAAUGGCCGAAAAGUGCAAAAUAAAAGGAGAACAAUGUGGGGGAGUUGUCAGACUCAGAGAAGAACAUGAAAAGGUGGUGAAAGGUUGUGAAAGUCGCAUUGACCACUGGAAAAAAGUGUCUGGGGACUAUGAAGCUCUGAAUGAUCGGCUUAAAACUCUCCCAGACCAACUGUCAUAUGACGUCAUGGUGCCGUUCGGGCCCUUGGCUUUUAUGCCUGGGAAACUGGUGCACACCAAUGAAGUCACAGUUCUGCUCGGGGACAACUGGUUCGCCAAAUGCUCUGCAAAACAGGCCCAGAAGAUCGUCGACCACCGGAUGAAACAUGUGAAGCAUGAACUCGAUGAACUCACAAAGACGAUGAAGAACUUUGAAGCCAGAGUCGGGUUUGCCAAAGAUUUGGAAACGAUGUCGCUGAGCAAAGAUUAUGUCGACAUCAGAGAAAACGUUGACAAUAAUGAAGUUGGUAACAAAGGAAAACGCAGGAUUGCUCAUAAGCCUAAAUCCAAACCCAAGCUCGGCCCGGUUAUAGAUCUGAAAGAGGAAGACGAGGAGGAGGAAGGUGAAGUUCGGAAGAGCGUCCUGUCUGAGGAGGAGCUCUGGGCUCGACUCGACGAACUAGAGAAACUGGAGGAACUGCAGGAUGAACACUACAGACUGGCAGACACGGCUGAUAUGAAUGGUGAAGACACUUCCUCGUCUUCCUCGGAGGAAGAGAAGGAUGGAGAUCAUGCAGCUUCUGUGAAUGGACUUAGUCUGAAGCCCAGCUGGACAACGGGGGCUCCCAGUGAAGCUCCGCCAUGCAAAGAGACAAAGGACGAUGAUGAUGAGGAGGAGGAGGAGGAAGUCCACACUCUGCCAACUAUCUCUUUCUCACACACAGUUGAACCCAAGAAGGUGAGGAUAAACACGGGGAAAAAUACGACACUGAAAUAUAGUGAAAAAAAAGAGCAAAAGGAGCAUUCGAAGAAGAAGAAAAAGAACGGACACUCGAACGGACACUCCCACCCAGAGCAUUACAAAAUCUCCUCACCAGCAGACAUCUACAGGCUGUUCGUGGACGUGAAGAACGGCGAGCCGUUCCCCCGGAAGUCCAUCCUCAAAUCCCGCAGCCGCGAGAACAGCGUGUGCAGCGACACCAGUGAGAGCAGCGCCGCCGACUUCGAGGAGCGGCGGAUGAUCAUGCGCAGCUGUAGUCACGACGACGCCAACACCCACAGCGACACCAGCGACGGGAUCACCGAGGAGGACAGUCCCACCACGGCGCCCAUGCACCCGACCAGCCGCUUCGAGGCAUUUUCGGGCACCGUCAUAGAAAAAGACCCGAUGCCGACGACUGUUCCUCAUUUAACCAUAGCUCCGCCCGGUUUGCCCACCAUCUUGGAGCGAAAACAGGAGGAGGUGGGCCCUGAAGUCUCCUCUACAGACAAUAUCGUUCUCCCGCCUCCGCAGGCUCCAGUCAAAAAGCUCUCCAAGUUUAAAGCUGCUCGGCUCCAACAAAAGUGAAAACAAAACAAAAAAAUUCCAAAUCAUCUUUCUACCUGUUUUUUCUACUCCUUGUACUGCUCCGACCACAUUUCCUCGUCGUCAGUUUCUAUUUACACUGCCUUUCUUAGAUUAAAGUUUGCAGUUUUGUCGAGCUUGUGUUUGGAACAAUUUAGCAGUGCAUAAGAUUUAGACCGUCUGUGCGAAUCCAACUCUUAAACCCGCCAUUUACCACAGGAAAAAAAUGUGUUAUCGUAACAUCGCCACGGCAACAGCCAAUAAAACAGAGCGUCGGGCGCAGAGGGAGCGACGGACGCAGAGGCGCAAGACACAAACGCAAAAAAUAGGGGAAAGUCGUGAAGUUAAACGGCUGCGGUCGCAUCCAUUUUAUUGAUUUUUAUUGUUUUCUCCGCAAAUGAUUACCGUAGUCCACAAAACAGGGCUACGAUCCAUUUUGAAACGUUCUUUAAUAAGUGAAAAAGUGAGAGUGGAUCCUCACGUGUUUCUGUUUAGGAUCAGGCUGAAGCUGCUGCAGUUUAGCGAUAGCGACUCUACUUCUUCUUUUCUUCGUUUAUCUCCAGUUUUCUAUGAAUUAAAAGCAUUUAUCUGAACUACUGCUCCACUUUUUACUAGUGCACUUCUCUGAUUUUUGGAACAGUUUAGAGCAAGGGUCUCAAACUCGCGACCCGGGGGCCAAUUGCAGCCCGCCAGAGGAUAUUUUGUGGCCCUCGGGACAAUAUGAAAGUUUAAUGUUAUCGAGGCACUACCAUGUUGCGUGUAGAAGGUUCCGCCAAAUCAGUAAAUCCCAAACAUCCCGUCGCAAAAGAUCCCGUCCAUAAAAUCCACAAGAAUUGGCGUAUUUCCUCAUGUUUGUUGAAAAUAGCGACGUGUUUUUUUUGGAAUACCUGAUGAGUCCAGCCUCCCCCAGACUCUGCCUCCAAUUUGAGUUUGAGACCCCCUGGUUUAGAGCCUCAAAUCGAGUCGUUUUAUCGUACGUAACGUUUAGCUUGUGGCGUGCGGUCCCUUCUCUGCCGUAUUUGCUGCAGUCUCAAAGAUUUAAACUCUCCUCUGAUUCUCUUUUGCUUUUUCUCACGUUUAAAAAUGGCAUAAGACUGAAAAAUCCUGUAGUGUGUGGCGGGUUUUUACCAUUUACCAACAUUUGAAAACUGUUUAUUAAUAUUAAGAAUCGUUAGAGAACAUUUUGGUCUGUUCUAUCAGGAUUUCUGUUCUAUUACUGUCUCUUCUAUCUUCUGUCACACGGGACGAGACGCCUUUGUUUCUCUGCUCCGUUUCCUCCUGACCUACUGUACCUAAUGAAUGUAUACUCCUUUGUGAUAAGCUUUAUGUAGAAGCUAAAACGGAACAAAUAAAUGCCUUUGACUACAA